CCCACCUGCGCUAUUCGAGGACGUGACCAAUGGAACAAGAGGCGGGGGUACGCAAUCGCGCGGCUGAGAGGUGGGAGUGGCGUGCGGUGCGUCCGUUUAAGUAGGAGCCUGUCUUGGCGCUGGUGAUGUCGGAAGUUUUAUAUAUUUGUCUCGUCGCCCUCAUUGUCGAGCAAGACAUUUGCUCAGAGCUCAUCAGCCACUUUUUUCUUUUGGUCCUGAUCGAAACCAGCCGCCCCCAAAGUCUCAUCUAUCUCUGACCUUGUUACUGAAUACACUCUUCCUCAUUAAUAUAUAGUUGGCCGUCUCGUCCCCCUCGUGAAGCUGGGAUAGAAACCCCCAGAGCACAGCUCUUCUCCCCCAAAGCCUCAUUUUUUGUUUGCUGGCAGAAAGGAAAAGCUAAACAAGAAAGCAAGGCAUCUGAAUAACAAAAUGUCUUUUGGCUUCAACACAUCGGCGCGCCGGGACUCCUGGCCGCCCACCAAAAUCGUCCUUUCUCGAAGCGUCUCGGCCAAGAGCGAGCCUCUGCCCGAAGAUAUCGACAAGGACCCUCUUACCUACUUCCUCACUCCGACCGCCGAUGACGAUGACAUGGACCUCGACGAGGAGGACCACGCCAUGAUGGACUUUGACGCCGGCAUUGAGGACUCUGCCCAUCCCAAGCAGAUUGUCCGCAGCCUCAGCCCGUCGAGCCUCGAGGGCCUUCGCCGCGGACCCCGAUCCCCGUCUCCCGACUUUGACUCGGAUGACUUCACCUCCGAUGACGACGACAACGAAGACUAUAUCCGCUUCUCGCCAUCCACGCUCAACCUCUUCCUGCAGCCCGAGCAGACGCUCUACAACUCUGGCGUCCGCUCUCGCAGCCCCGUCUUCUACCCCGUCGACAGCGACGGCUACCUCACUCCCGCUUCCUUCCCUGCUCCUAGUCCUCGCCGCAGUUCUUCUGCUCGCCGUGGUCUCUAUAGAAGCUCGUCGGCUCGUGCUCGCCAGGGUCAUCUCUGGCGCUCGCCCAGCCCUGACGUCUGGUCCAUCAAGGAGGAGACUGAGGACCAGCUCCUUCGUGAUGACGGAGCCAUCCAGUCUCCCCUUGGUGGCAACCCUGUCGUUAUUAAGAAGGACAAUACUGUUCCUCAACUGAAGAAGAAGGUCCGCUUUAUCCUGCCUCCCAAGGAGAUAUAAAGAUCUAUAUUACACAUACACAUAUACAUGCAUUGCUAGGCGUUUUCGGUGUUGCAAGGCGCGUGUUUGGUAUUUUUGUUUUGUUUUCGUUCUGUCUAUAUUUUUGUUUUCUGUUCAUUCUGCAUCGGCGGUGCUUUCGGAGUUUUUUUUGCUGCAUUUUUGUCUUUUUGGGUCCCGGUGUUUUCGGUGUUCGUGGUACAUUGUAUCAGUUGGUGAUGGCUGUUGGGAUACGGGUAUUCCAACGCAUCACCUUUUUGUUCUUGCAUUACACUCCUUUUUAUUUUCUCGGUUUUUAUUUAUUUAUCGAAUGGCCCGGGUCCGCGGGAAUUCGCUUGUUUAUUAGUUGCUGGAUCACCUAAUAGUUAUUGUUGUUGUCCCUUUCUUUCCUACUACAUACGACAUUUAUACAAAUUUUUGGAUUA